UGACCAAAAUACAAAUAUUUUCAGUAGCAUCUAAUUGAAAUUGCGUGUUAGUGAUCACUGCUAACAUUGUGUCACGGCUGUGGUGUUUAUAGAUUCUUGACGAUUUCCGUUCUCUCCGAGUUCGGAAUUUUUUGAAUAUGUUAUAUUUGGUGUUUUUUGAAUAUGUUAUAGAAAUCAACAUUUAGAACAUCUUUUUAUACAUAUAAACGUUGGUCGACCUUACUUUCCGAGAUAUUCGCGAAAUCUGUCCGUAUUAAUUGAAUUUUGAGCAUAGUUUUGGGUCUGUGACAGCAUCACUAUUGGUCGCUGCCUGCGGGUCACUUAUAUUUUAAAAAUGCGGUCACCGCCACACAAUUGUCUUCACAAAAACUUAGUGUAACUCAAACCUAAAUUUAACUGAAGUUUUUUGUAAACUUUUCGGAAAUUGAGCAAUGGUUAUAUAUAUUAUAUAUAUAUAUGUAGAAAAAAGUUAGUUAAAAUGUUGACGAUAUACUUCAAAGUCAUCGAAGCCGAUGAAAUUUUACAUAAUUACCUAACGUAAUGUUAAUGAGUCCUCAGUGGAGUGAGUCACAGGAAAGUAGAGUAACCCUCCAAGAAACGCCACAAUGUGUACCUAUAUUUAGUGAGUUUUUGCGGUACUUUUAUACUGGUCAAAUAAGAAUUAAUUAUGGAGUUGUUCUACCAAUAUUAUCUUUAGCCGAUAAGUAUAAUGUUAAGGAUUUAAUAUCAUUGUGCCUUGAUUAUAUGCAAAAUCAUAUUGCAUUAGCUGCCAUACACGGCACUCUAGUAUCAUGGUUACAGUAUACGUCAAAUUGUGGUCAUCACAAUAUUACUCAAGCAUGUCAAAAUUUUAUUAAGUGGAAUUUGGAAUUGGUGGCCAGAACUGCAGACUUUGGAAAUUUUGAUUUAGAUAUUUUAGUAUCGUUGCUACAUCAAAGUAGUUUAGUGGUAAAGGAUGAAAUGACAUUAUACAAAUGUUUAGAAUCUUGGUUGGAUCAUCAGGCAAAUCGGUUGAAAAGUCAAUUGUCGCACGACGAAUUAGAAGCUACGUUAGAACAAUUGGUAAUAGCUGUGAUGUCUCCUGUUAGAUUUCCAAUGAUGUCUCCUCGACAAUUAGCAGAAUUACUUUUAUUUCCUUUAACGAAAAAAUACAAAGAAUUCUUUGUAGAACGGAUGUCUAUAGGAAUGUCAUUUCAUUCUGGUCAGCUGGAUAAAGUUAAAGAAGUAAGUUUAAACGAAGAAGAUGGUGCAUUACUUUUUGAACCAAGAUUAUACACUAUAGACACCUGUAGUUCAUUACUUACGAUAGAAAAUUUUCAUGGUUUACCCUCUUACCACACCAGAACGCUCGUAUUUUCAAGUCAUUCCUGUUUAGCAGAGUAUGCUGGUGACCGCGCGUGUGAAUGGGUUGUAGAUAUAUAUCCAAAAGGUGUUUGGUUUAAAAAGUUUUUCUUAAUAGUGUGGCAAGGAACCGUAGAAAUGCCCGAACAUGUGAAACGUUCAGUUAGAUUAUCACUCACCUGUAAGGAUCCAUCUGUAAAUAGUAAUGCUGAUAUGCGUGUAAAAAUAGGUGUUUUAAUAUAUGGUUUACAGGAUGGCGUUGAACAUAUUGCAAGAGUAACAGAAAUUAUUCACAGAUUUAGUAAAAAAGAACGUGUUCUUAAUUUGGACGAUCUUUUACCGUUUGAGGAACUUAACCCGCAGCAGGGUUCCGUCUCGGAAAAUACAUCUCCUUUUCUAGUAGGUCCAAAUAAAGAUAUGCUCAAAUUACAUAUUGUUAUAUCACCAGCUAACUAAGACAGAGAGAUUUCUUGGGUUGUAUAAAAUGAAAUCUUACUACAGACUUUAAAUAUUUUGGACUCAUACGAAGGAUCAUCUUUUUUAAGUUUGUCUUCAACGUAUGUCCUAGAAUUUUUUUCUUUUGAUAAAUCGACAUUUUAAUAUUAGACUAAGAUAAAGUUUUGUAUUUAAAUCGUAAUAUGCAAUAAAAUAUUAAAAGAUUUCAAUGUUCCAUGAAUUUCCAUCACAUUAAUUUUUUCUGGGAAAAU